CAGCAACAAAGUGUUGGCGCUGAUGCGUUGCCAGAAUUCGACCGUCCUCUUGCACUGAUCCCGAAAAACUCGGCAUUCACCCCCUUGCAGCUCAUAUUCCAGCCGCCGACAUUUUAUCGCCUGGAGAAUCUGCCAGUGGCUGCCGGCCGAUACCUGAAAAUGGCAUCUUCAGAGCAGUUUGCAACAGAGAUCUCAAACUACUAUUACGAUCAGCAGCAACAGAAUCCAGCACCUAGAGCAAGUGCUAAUUCCGGAGCUGCACCAGCUGCCCCUCCUCCCGGUUCAUCGUACUACUCGAGUAGUCAGUACAGUACACCCGAUUCCAGCCAGCAUGAUCCGGUUGGUGUUACUUUGCUUUGCGCUCUCCUUACAGCUUCUCGUUUUGCCGGGUAA